CACAAGUGCAGAGAUGGCGGUGCUUGACUGACCCCGGCGGUGGUGUUAUUGGAAGAGCAGACGGAGGGUUCGUUGGUUCCUCGCCCCGUCGUCUCGUUUCGCCCUAUAAAUAAUACCCGGUGGUUUCCCGGUUCGUAUCCAUCACCACACGAAGCUCGAUCGACCGGCUUUCCAGUUUCAGUUCCCCCGUAGAGAGGUAAACAGGCAGCUGAUCAUCAACACCCGGAGACCGGCGGCGAUGGCCGACGAGAAGAAGCACCACCACCUGUUCCACCGCCACAAGGACGGCGAGGAGGAGGCCGGCGAGGUGGACUACGAGAAGAAGGAGAAGCACCACAAGCACCUGGAGCAGCUCGGCGGGCUCGGCGCCAUCGCCGCCGGCGCAUACGCCAUCCACGAGAAGCACAAGGCGAAGAAGGACCCCGAGAACGCGCACGGGCACAAAGUGAAGGAGGAGGUGGCGGCGGUGGCGGCGCUGGGCGCGGCGGGGUUCGCGUUCCACGAGCACCACCAGAAGAAGGACGCCAAGAAGCACGCUGCUGACGACAACUGAUAGAUGACGACGGGGUGGGCCUGGCAUGCCUGCCUGCGGCCUGCUUCGCCACUUGUCUUGUCGUGCUUUGUGGUUGCGAGAUUAUUGUUGUUUCGUCGCAGUUCUUCUCUUCUUCCGCCUUGUGCUCGAUGGAUCCGUAGAUGUACCAUGCGUAUCCGUAAAAUAACUGUGCUUUUCAUGUCAGAUUGCUCCUCGCGGCAGCUCCGAUCCCUGCGUGUGUAAUAUAAUAGUAUUUUUUUCGACGAA